AUGGUGUUUGCUGACGACUUCCAAAGGGAUAUGCAAGAGCAAGCCGCAGUCAGCACCACGAGGCGCAGUCUCCAAGAGGAAUUCGAAUCAUGGGUUGAUAGGAAUACCCAUAAAGGCCAGAAUUGCCAUGGUGCUACACAGAACUAUGUACCCAUCAGCCUCCAAAGGAACUACUGGACUAGCGACCGUGUCUCGAAACUCCUCAUGUCCAACCAACAACACCACAUGGCUGUCGAUCAGUCAGACGUGGUCAUUGUCCUGAAGUCUCACGGGGGUUCUGACGAGUCUGAGUCGGGAUUUAUAUACGAAGCCCGAGCAUAUAUUCGUUGGCACAACAGCAUCAACGAGUCACCGUUUGCCAUAAGUCAUGUUCUCAAGUGUUACGGUAUUUUUCGGUCAUAUUCGUCCCUACCAAGCCAUCCAUACCGCUUUAAUAUUCUCCUUGAGUAUGCAGACCGCGGUACUCUUCAGGACUGGUAUGCAAGUGCGCGGCAGCCAAGGUCGCCAGUUCAUAUCAAGAGUUUCUGGAAAUCUUUGGCGCAGAUUUUGAUUGCUCUGCAAGCGUUGCAUCAGGGAUUAGCCAGCGGAGCUACAAGGUAG